GAGCGACGAAGCCAAUAAAAGCUGGAGGGGUUGCUGUGUCUGUGGUUCUCAGGGUAGAAGACAGGAAGAGGUCAUUUCAGUCCCAGGAGACAGGGAGUCACCAUGUUGAGGCUGUGCUCAGCCCUGCCAGCUCUGCUGUGGGCCUCGCUUUCUGUCCUUUCUGCAGAAGGUGACAGUAAUGCCUCUAAAAUCUGUAAGCCUGCCCCCUACUGGGACAUUGAAGGACAUGUACCAAUGCAGGAACACCUGGGAAAUGUGGUGGUGGUAGCUCUUUUGAAGGCUACCUGAGAGUUCUGCCUCACGCAGGCAUCCAAGAUUGGAAACCUGCGUGACAAACUGAACAGGAACAACAUAACGGAAGUUUCUUUCAUGAUAGUAAACGAGCUGGAAGCUCUUUCCCAAACCAUGCACUGGAAGCUGAAGAAGAAAGCACCAACUGGAGUCCCGGUGUAUCAGCAGUCCUCUCUUCAAAAGGACGUUUGGGAGAUUCUGGAUGGGGACAAAGAUGACUUUUUGAUCUACGACAGAUGUGGUUUGCUCACAUUCCACAUUGUGCUGCCAAAUAGUUUCCUACAGAAUGCUGAUGUGGAGAAUGCAAUUACAGCUACUUAUACUCAAGACAUCUGCAACUGCUCUGGUAAUUCUACUUUAUCAGGAGGUGGCAACAAUUUCACGAGGAAUUCCUCUCAGUCGCACAGUGGAGUUCAGAGACCAGCUGAUGAGCCAGAGAAUGUGACCACGACAUUAGAGGCCAGUCCGAAUGACAGUCGUCAUGAGCAUGCCCACCACCAUCAUCCUCAUCAUCAGCAUCUCCACCACCAUCAUCCUCAUCAUCAGCAUCUCCACCACCAUCAUCCUCAUCAUCAGCAUCUCCACCACCAUCAUCCUCAUCUUCAACAACAUUCAAAGCACCAGAAUGAUGAUAGUUAUUAACUACAAUAGAAUUUACUCGUACAAAAAGUUUUGUUAGAAGUAACAACAUUCUCCGAGUAUCUGAAUAUAUUUUUAUACUUAAGUUGUGGAUUCCUUGAUGGUAUUUUCAUGCUUCUCUGCUGGGAUAAAGUGCACAGAUCUCCUCAUCUUCUCCCAUAAAUGAAGUCCACGGGGAAAAACCUGCCUGCAGGAGGCUGUGGAUGGAUGAACAGGAAGUGGUUUGGGUUCUGGUCACUUAGACAAAAGCAGAGGAAAGUUGGAAAUACUGUUUAGUACAUCAGUACUUUUUGUAGGAGGAGUCUCAACUAAUUCACUUGGUUUUUUUGACCACAUGUCUAUUUGGCAGUCUGCUCUUUGAGAAAUGAUAGAUGAUUUAAAUUCCUCUGUUGACACUUUUAGAUAACAAAAUAACACACUAUUUUGGUUAUUGCUGUCAUGUGAUACAUUUUUUCUGUGAUUAAUAAAUCAUGACCUGUAGUAAAAUAAUUUAAUUAACCUAUUUAAAUCUAGCCUAAUAAAUGCUGUCAAAAGCCGUA